ACGUCAUUCGCCAGCGACCGCGCCGAGCCGGAGGUCGGGUGCCGUCGAUCCCCGUCGGGCGGGCGAGUUGGAGCGCUCACCUUGCUCCCUGUCGGCGGCGGCCUGAGGACAGAGGCGGCGGAGGACAGAGCGGCGACAUGACGGACCGCUACACGAUCCACAGCCAGCUGGAGCACCUGCAGUCCAAGUACAUCGGCACGGGCCACGCCGACACCACCAAGUGGGAGUGGCUGGUGAACCAGCACCGCGACUCCUACUGCUCCUACAUGGGCCACUUCGACCUGCUCAACUACUUCGCCAUCGCGGAGAACGAGAGCAAAGCGCGGGUGCGCUUCAACCUCAUGGAGAAGAUGCUGCAGCCCUGCGGGCCGCCGGCCGACAAGCCCGAGGAGAACUGACGGAGCGUGGCGCCACGCCCUGCCCUGCCCCGCGGGACCCCCGACCCCCGGCACCGGCUCCAGGAUGGCGACUUCCGCUUCCGCCGCCCGGAUGCGCGGAGCCGGCGAGGGGGCGCCUGCCCGACCGACUUCCGGCGGACCCGACGGAGCACCGCGCGGGGCGGCGGGGCGGCGGGACGGCGAGGGGGGGGCGGCUCUGCCUGUUCCUGUGCCUGUGCCUGUGCCCGGUGCCUCCCCCAUAAAGCUCGCACGGUCGUCCGCC